AUGUGCGUGUGUACGUGUCCUCCGCACCCAUUCUCAGAUCCACAUUCUUCCAGCUGCUCCGGCUGGGUGUCAGCUCCGACGCACUGUCCCGGAGCUUUCAUCGCGCACGCCUCUCUGCGACCGAAUUUAUCUACAUUUUUUUCUAUCUACCCGAAUUUGAUCGUUAUCUGUUUUCUGACGCGCUGUACUCUGCGCACGCUGCCUGGGCCGGCCCAUCGCGCUCUACGUGAUUUCCCUCGCUCUGACGAACGUGCGAGCCCGUCCCGUGCCAAGAACCAUGGCCACGCCGCCCACCGCUCGUCCUGGCUACCUGGCAGCCCAUGCCCUUAUAAGACCCCAACUUCCCCAACAGCAUCGGCAGCACGCUAUAGAAUGUGCGCUGCUUUCGGCGGCAGCAGCAAUAUUCCGUCAGCAACUCCGUCGUCCACGCAGACGUUGCUAGAUCUCUGUCGAAUUUCUCGUACGACGUUCUCUUGCAUGUGCGCAGUAAUCCACGCACGGGGCCCAAUUUCUUUUUAUUGGCGUGAUUUUCAGGAGCUAUUUUUUUUUCCGGUGGGUACGAUUUGGCUCGUGCAAACAUGGGUCGACUCUUUCGCGGUGAAUGGGUGUCGUCCACCCAAAAUUCUCACAGAGUGGGCAACGUUGUAUAAAAGAAGAAGGUGGGAAAAUUUGGAGGCGUGCAGGUGGAUGUGA